AUGGCGCUACCACCUUCACUGCAAGCUCUCUCGAUCGGGUCGCUCACGGCGCCGAACACGCUCGAAUUGUUCCUUGACUACCUCUGUCCCUUCAGCGCCAAACAGCUCAAGGGGGUCGACGAGCACCUGCUUCCGUUGGUCAUCGGCGACUCGGCUCAGUACAAGGACAAGGUCCGAAUUGUCAUCCGACCGUACCCGCAGCCUUGGCAUUCGUCGUCCACGCUGCUACACGAGUCAGCGUUGGCGGUGGCCAAGAUCGCGCUGACGGACCCGACGGUCACGGCCAUCCCCGACCGCAACGCCUUCUGGCUCUACUCGUUGGAGCUGAUGAAGGACCAGGAACGAUUCUUUGAUGGGCCAGCGAGGGGCAAGGCUCCCGACCAGAUUCGUGGCGAACUAGCGACAUUGGCGAUCGAGACCGUUGGAGAGGGCCCCAAAAAACGCAAACAGGAGGCCGUGCACAGGGAUCUGCAGGGAACACCACUGGGCCAGUCGGUCAAAAACCUGAUCAGGGUCGAGAAGGAGGGCAACGGUGGCAGUGCCGUAGUGCCCGAACUGAAGUAUUGCGUCAAGCUGGGAAGGCAGAAUGGCAUUCACGUCACUCCGACGUGUCUGUGGAACGGACUUGUGGAGGGUAGCAUCUCGUCCUCGUUUGGUCAGGGGGAGUGGAAGGAGUUCCUCGAUAAGCAGCUCGAGUGA